AUGGCCAGCAAGCCCAAGGCCACCCGCUCGACCACCCGUGCCAAGGCUACUGUCAAUCCCGAUCCUCCAGCACAGGCCCGAGCCACUCGCGCGGUUUCCAAAUCCGCUGCCGCUGCACCUCCAACGCAGACCACGAGAAAAACCUCCUCUCGAAAACCACUGAUUAAUCGGGAUAAUUCUCCGGAUAAGACACCCGUCCGAAAUGCUACCAAGCCAAAGGCGGUGGCGAAACCACUCAGUGCCUCAGAGCCAUCACCAGACACAGAUCGUGAACCCAUCAAGGCAUUCCUGAGAAUUCGACCACGUACAGACGACGCCGAAGCCGGAUAUGAACCUUACCUUGAUCCACUUUCAGACUCUUCCGUGCGCAUGACGGAUCCGUCCUCGUCUACUGGGCAUUCUCGGCUCUCGUCUGUCAACCCAACUUCCAUAUAUCAUUUCACGCACGUCUUUCCACCAGAGACUACACAAUCGGAUUUCUUCAGUCACACAACUCUACCUCUCGUUCGAGAUGUCCUGGAGGGCCGGAACGGAUUGCUUUUUGCAUAUGGGGUCACCAACUCCGGAAAGACGCACACAAUCCAAGGCGGCGCCGAGCAAGGAAGUGCUGGAAUCAUUCCUAGAACAUUAGACGUUGUCUUCAACAGCAUAGACGGUUUGCAUGGCGAUGGGAUGUACAGGCCAGUACGACUGCAAGGCAUUGAGCUUGCAUCCGAGUCCGACGAACCAUCCACUGUCCGUCUACCGACCAAACCUGGCGCCACGGCACUGGGCGACGUACUUGAGGAGGACUUGCCCGCUUCUGCGUCGUCAAGCACAGAUACUGAUCCAACAGUACUCACUCUGGAUCGCAAUUAUGAGCACACGAUCUGGCUAUCGUACGCCGAGGUAUACAAUGAGAAAGUCUACGAUCUGUUCAGCGCUCUUGAGUCUGGCCAGACUCCAAGCACACCACAGGCGUCGUCAGGCAUUCCUCCAUCACCGCUACUCUUGACGCGGAAGGCUCUGACCGUCAAGCCCAGUCCAGCCGGUGACGGCGACGGCGACUCCACGCCAGGCAAGUACGUCGCGGGUCUCCGUCAAAUCCACGUCCGGAGCGCGACAGAGGCGAAGGAGCUGCUGCGCAUCGGCCAACUUCAUCGUCGAGUGUUCGGGACGCUCGCGAACAGUCAAAGCAGCCGCAGCCACGCUCUCGUCACCAUCAAGGUCCUCCGGGUGCACCGCGGGGAGCGCAACGACCCAACGAGCAUCCAGACCGCCCGUCUCACGCUGGUCGACCUCGCCGGCUCAGAGCGGACGAAGCACACGCACACCUCCGGCGAACGCCUCCGCGAGGCCGGCAACAUCAACAAGUCGCUCAUGGUCCUCGGCCAGUGCAUGGAGACCCUCCGCGCGAACCAGCGCACGCUCGCCCGCAGCCUGCAGCAGCCCGUCAAGGCCGGCACGCACUCGGACACGCGCGACGUCAAGCGCGGACUCGCGGUCGUCCCCUUCCGGCACAGCAAGCUCACCGAGGUCCUCAUGGACUACUUCGUCGGCGACGGCCGCGCGGUCAUGAUCGUCAACGUGAACCCGUACGACACCGGGUUCGACGAGAACGUGCACGUGAUGAAGUUCUCCGCGCUCGCGAGGGAGGUGUCGACGAACCCGGCGGCGGUGGCUGCUCGCACGCUGCCUUCGCCGACGAAGCCGUCGGCGAAUGCGCGACAGGCGAGCGGCGCGUAUCGGAGGAAGGUCACGUUGUCGUUGGGCGGUCCAGGGAGGAAGGCCAGCGAGGCGCACCUGGAGGUGCUCGAAGAGGAUGAAGAGGUGGACGAUGGCGAUGAGACCAGCGUCGAGGAUGACGAGCCCAUCAACCCGCUCGUCAACGCCCUCUUCGAUGAGGUCGAGGCCCUUCGCAUGCAGCUGUACGACGUCAACCUUCGCUGUGCUCUCAUCGAGGCCGAGACUCGCGAGGAAGUCAUGGUCGAGAUGGAGGAGCGCAUGCAGAAGAUGGAGGACGCCUUCACAAAGCGACUCAUGAGAGUGGUGCGUCGAUCUUCUGCGUUCCAGACUCGGUCUGCAACGUUGAUCCACCACGGGAUGGCGCGUUCGGAAGGGGGCUACUCCGACUCGGUCGCAGACUCAGACGUGGGUCCGCUGCGCAUGAGCGACGUCGGAGAGGGCGAGUUCGACGACGUCGCGUCGUCCGUCGCUGGGCGCGACGCCGACAACGAGAGCGACUCGGACGGGUUCGUCCGUUCGUCCGGCACGCGCAGCCGGACUCCCUCGCCGCUCGCGAAGAAGGGCAAGCCCCGGCCCAUGCGCCAGUCCAUGCUCAAAGCCGCGAUGCACGACGUUGAAGAGGACGAGCUGCUGUCCGACGACGACCUCGACGACGACGACGACGACGACGAAGAGGUCGGGGUGUCGAUCUCCGAGGACCGGCACGGCGACGAGGCGGUGAGCUCUGAGGACGAGGACGAGGACGAGUGGUCCAACUCGGAGGACUCCGAGUCCACCCCGGCGAAGACGGCAAGGGCAAGGCCCCGCAACAACGCCCCUUGCGGCGGCGAGGGCGAAACAGGCCGAGCGCACGACGGCCGGUCGCCGGACAUCGCGCUCGCCGGCCCGGGGGCGGAGUACGUUCCGAAAAAGGGCGAGGUGGACGGUGGAAAGAAGAAGAAGCGGUGA